CAUCAAACAACAACAACAUUACCAGAGACAUCGACGACGGACCUUACAUACACCUUGAUCGCGCCGGGCGGGCCACAGCCAGUGUGGACACCAUGGAACCGUGCAGACAGAGGUGACGGCGCCUCGAACAUGCCUCGACCGCGCACAAUCCGCUGGCAGCACCGCCACGGGGACCAUGGGAACGUUUGCAUACGUGCCCCUACACUGCACCGAGUCGCGGCGCAUUCGGCUCGUCAAGCUUGCACCUCUCGCAGAGGCAAAAGAAGCUGAAGCGAGUUCGGGAAAAGAAACCAGUGGGAAACUGGCAUGCCAGCUCCUCGAGACACUGCUGGACGUAGCACCACCAUAUAUUGCCAUCUCGCACGCUUGGGGCGACGCCACACGGCACAAGGCGUCGAUACUGGUCAACGGCCACGCACACAAUGUCUCACAGACGCUGGCAGACCUGCUCGCUUACCUGCAGCGGUACUGCCGACCGCGCAGCAACCAUUUCUGGAUCGACGAACUGUGCAUCAACCAAGAGGAUGUCGUGGAAAAGGGCAUCCAGGUCGGCCUCAUGCGCCAAGUCUACGAGAAGGCGUGGGUUCUCAUAGCUUGGCUGGGCACCAUCAAGGAUUUCGCGGAGGGUCCUGGGCAGAACGGGGCUGAGGGUAAAGAGGGGGAAGAGGAGGAGGAGGAAGACGAAGAGGACCGCCGCAGCGACAGAGACGGCCUCAAGGACAUUCACAGCCUGCACGGCUUCUUCCAGGCCUAUGUCCAGAACAAAGACCGCUACGGCGUGGCCAUGAAGCGCAAGGAGCUGCGCUUUCCCAUUGUACCUUAUGCCCACCGCACGAAAGAGGUGCUUGUGUACGAGCUUGAUGCCAACGGCUGUCGCAUCAACAACAUCAAAGGCCUGACGGAGGACGAAAGUGCCAAAGUCAACGAGAGCGCCAGCGUCGUGGAAGCUAGGCUGCGAUACCACAUCGGAAACCAGCGAAAUAGCCAGGACUGGUCGUGGGGACCGGUCAGCAGGCUGCUCGCCCGGCCUUGGUUCAGUAGAAUCUGGCUGGUGCUGGAGGUCUAUUGUGCCAAGAACGUGCAGCUUGCCUUUGGCUCGCACAUGAUAUCUUGGACUGUGCUUGCUGAGGUCUGCGAAGCCAUCGUCAAGUAUGGCCUGGAGAGGAAUUUCUGCCAUAUAGACAGGAGAAAUCAACUUUUGCGGCCAGCCGGCUUCCGUCACAUCAUCGCGCUGGCCCGUAUGCGCGAUGCCAAAGUCGACGGGCAUGGCAUCGAUCUCACGCAGAUAUUGCUGCGCACGAGGUCUUUCGAGGUGCUCGAUGUACGUGACCGCGUAUAUAGCCUGCUGAGCCUGGCGUCAGAAAGCGACAGGACGGCGUUACCACGCGACUACGGCCUUUCCCAAGAAGAGCUCGCAAUCAAGCUUGCAGCACAUCUGCUUAAGUCAAGCUCAAGACCGGAAGAAAUACUGUCACUGGCAGGAAUCGGAUGGGGGACGGCAAAUUCAUCUGUACCAUCCUGGGUGCCCAGUUGGAGCAACCUUCCGGCAAACCUCAAACAAACACACUCACGACUGUUCCACCACAACUUGAGACCUGUAAACAACACACCAGCUGGAUCCGGCACUGCACGCCAAGUCAUCACCAUACGACCCGACCUAACCACACUGAGAGCAGAAGGCUACGUGGUCGAUAAGGUCCAAUUCCUCAUGACCACAGCGUGCCCCAACAUUGGCGAAAACUUUGACAUUACCACCGCCGACCAGCACAAUCGAGCACCAUGGACAGACUGGAUGCUGGACGCCGUCGACAUGCUCAACCAAGGCGCGGCGUCCCCCUACCCGACGCGAGAGCCCCUCAACGAGGUCCUCUGGCGGACGCUCAUCACCUCGAGGACCCUUGACGGGGCCGAAAACACGCCCGCGGGACCGGAAUACGGGCUUUCCUUCCGCCGCUCUGUCGGACGGCCGUUUGAUAGCAUCUUCACGACCACGAACUCAGACUCCAGUACCGCCCUCAGGACAGAGCAGGCCCUCCAUGAGGAGGAAGCGCAUCGCCUCCUGCAAACCCUCACCGCCCACAUCGACUUGCCGCAAGUCUCGCCCGGCAGGGCAUACAUCGAGCGCAUGUCGUACUCGUCAUCCCAGACGUUCCGCGAGCUCGAGAGGCUGUGGCGGCGCAGCUACAACGUCCACGGCCGCGGCAAGUGCCUCUUUACGACCAAGAACGGUUUCGUCGGGCUUGCGGCCCCUGGGCUUGCGAAAGGCGGGGAGUUCUAUAUUGCUUACCUCCGCUGCUCGGGCGGAAGUGACGGCGGAAAAGGACGCAGGAACCCGCUCGUCCUCAAAAGGGAGCCAUGUCAUGAGGUCUCGCCUGGUCGGGUGAUGGGCGGCCCCGAGAAUGAUUUUGGUCCUGGGAGCCGCGCGAACAGCAAUGACAGCGGCACGAGUGGAAGCAACAGCAUAUGUGGCAGUGGGAAACGUUACACAAGCGUGAAGGAGUCCAGCGUGCAGAGGUUCCGGCUUGUGAGCGAGUGCUAUCUACACGGUGGGUAUAUACUGGAGAACAAGGCUCGUCAUGUCCAGACACUAGACAUAUACUAGGGAGCUUACCCCAUCGAUUGAAGAUCAGCGCCAUGUCACGGUUGUAUUUUCAUUAAUUGGGAAAUGGGCUGAGCUGGGAGGCAGAAACGAAGACACGAAUCCUGGAGUCUGCUCUACAAGGGCCUGUCACCAAAGCGCGGCGGUAAUUCUGUGAAUGUGGCCAGUCACUGUUCAGUAGUAGUUCAUGUAGGGAAGUACUUGCUGGUCGAAUGAAAUACCGGUCAUUUUCUUUUCAAUUCGAGA